AUGGGUGACACUACAAGUCCGAUACUGAUUUUGGCAGAGGCACACUCUAGUGAUUGGUCGGACCCUUACCAGAUUCCCGGCAAAAUUGCCCUUUUGCUCUCGAGAGGAGCCAAUUGCCAGGCCCGUGACGACAAGGGAAACACAUGCCUUCACAUCGCGUUGAAUUAUAACACCAGACUUGGCUGGAAGCAUGGCCGGAAACAUCGCCGCUAUCAAAAUCUUGUCGUUCCCGGAUUUGAUGGCGAGUUGAAAGAUGUACUUAUGCUACUGAUCACCGCAGGCGCUGAUGUCUAUGCAAUCAAUGAUGAUGGAGAUUCACCGUCAGAACGUGCCCGGUGGGGUGACCACCUCCGAGAGUGGACCGAGGCUCUGGAAGAAUGUGGUUACGACCCAGACGAGGUUUUUCAUGGAAGGAGUGAGGAUGGAUGCUGGUCUACCGGCGUUGAAGCUGAUGCCCGGGAGUUUCAGGCACCCCCGUUUCUUACCUUUGCUGAAUACCUGGAGAAGAGAAAGUCUAGGCUGCUGAGUACAGAUGAGGAGAUGAUCGAUUGUAAGUCCAGCGAUGACGACGACGACGACCACAGUCUGGUGUGGAUGCGGACGCUGGCUUAUAUGCGGGCGAGGCGUGAAUUCCUUCCUUUGAAUUCCAUGCCAGACAUGCAGGCCCGCGAAGACGGAGACAUUUACAUGCCUUUAGUGCCGGAUCAGGAUCAGGAUCAGGAUCAGGAUCAGGAUCAGGACCCAUCGUACGGAGGGGGUGUUCAAGAGGACGACAAAGACAGUCCGAUGGCAGCCGGCGGGUUUGGAGAGCAAGAAGAAUGGCAAUUUUCAAGAAAGAAGAACAAGGCGGACUGA